AUGCCCCAGACUGUGUGCUCAGGCACCAUGUUCACCACUCCCAGUGGCUUCAGCCCUCAUCUGGCCUGCGCUGAGCCUGGGGGGGAGGAGGAAGAGGAGGCCCCGCAGGAAGGUCCGGAGCCUGGGGCUUGCCUGGCCGACGUGCCCCCGAUCACCUCUGCCUCCCUGGACACCCUGAUCCAGAACCUGGUGCCCACUGCAGACUACUACCCCGAGAAAGCCUACGUGUUUACCUUCUUGCUGAGCGCCCGUCUCUUCAUUCCUCCUCCGGAGCUGCUCGCCAGGGUGUGUGAGCUGUGCAUCAAGCAGCAGCAGCUGGAUCAGAGCCCGCUGGACACGGCUAAAGUUCGCAAGUUUGGUCCUAAGAUCCUGCAGCUGCUCACAGAAUGGACAGAGACAUUCCCGAUGGAUUUCAGGGACGAGAAGAUGGUCGGCCUCCUGAAAGACAUCAUCCACAGGAUAGCUCCGUGUGAUGAGGCGUACUGGAAAACCCUGAACCAGAUGCUGCAGAAGCUGAGCCAGAGGCUGGCCCUGAUGAGCAAGGGGGAGGAGAGCAUCGUCAAAGUCUCCCUCAACGCUUCCUCCAUCUCCGACAAGCUCGUGGCUUUCAAGAGCAAGCCUCCACCCAUCCAGAAGGACAUUCUGUCCAUCUGCAACGACCCCUACACGCUGGCACAGCAGCUCACCCACGUGGAGCUGGAACGUUUAAGCCAUAUUGGGCCCGAGGAGUUUGUCCAAGCCUUUGUUCAGAAAGACCCACUGGAUGGAACUCAGCAGCCAUGUUUCAGUGAUCAGAAGAAGAAAACCUCCAACCUGGAAGCUUACGUCCGCUGGUUCAACCGACUGUGCUACCUGGUAGCGACAGAGAUCUGCAUGCCAUCCAAGAAGAAGCAGAGGGCCCAGGUCAUCGAGUUCUUCAUUGAUGUGGCCAGAGAGUGUUUCAACAUAGGAAACUUUAACUCCCUCAUGGCCAUCAUCUCUGGCAUGAACAUGACUCCGGUGUCUCGACUGAAAAAGACCUGGAGCAAAACCAAGACAGCCAAGUUCUUCAUUCUUGAGCACCAAAUGGACCCUACAGGAAACUUCUACAACUAUAGGACGGCCCUGAGGGGCGCCGCCCAUCGCUCACAGACUGCCAACAGCAACAGAGAAAGGAUUGUGAUUCCCUUCUUCAGCCUGCUGAUAAAAGACAUUUAUUUCCUGAAUGAAGGCUGCGCUAACCGCCUGCCCAACGGCCACGUCAACUUUGAGAAAUUUGUGGAGUUAGCGCGACAAGUCGGAGAGUUCAUGACUUGGAAACGGGUGGAGUGUCCUUUUGAGCAGGAUCAGGCCAUCCUGCACUACCUCCACACCGCUCCCAUCUUCAGCGAGGACGGGCUCUAUCUUGCAUCCUAUGAAAGUGAGAGUCCAGAAAACCAGGUAGAGAAGGACCGAUGGAAAGCACUCAGGUCCAACGUCCUGGCAAAGACAUGAGUCGAUGAUAACUCUAACCCUCUCAGC